AUGCCCAAGGACCUGUGGGCCUACCUCCGGCCCGAGCGCCCGGCGCUGGCCUGCGGCGGCGCGGCCCUCCUCGUGUCGACCUUCUCGAACGCCUUCGCGCCCCGGGCCAUGGGCCGCGUCGUCGACGCCUACGCGGCGCGGCGCCGGGACGGCGGCGCGGCGCUCCGGCGCGAGCUCGCGGCGACGGGCCUCGUCUUCGCGUGCGGCGCGCUCGCGUCCGGCGUGCGGACGGCGUGCUUCGCGGGCGCGUGCCAGGGCGCGCUCCGGCGCCUGCGCGCGGACGCGUACCGCGCGUGCCUGGUCCGGCGGCGCGGCGCGCACGACGCCGCGGCGGCGGCCGACGCCGUCGACGCGGACGCGCGGACGGCCGCCCGGUUCCUGACGGAGAGCCUCCAGAACGGCCUGCGGUACGCGUCCUCGGUCGUCAACGGCGGCGCGCGCCUCGUCCUCCUCUCGCCGAAUUUGUGCCUCGAGCUGCUCGUGGCGCUGCCCGUCGGCGCGGGGCUCGUGCGCGCGGCGUCGCGCGGCGUGAGCCGGCGCGGCGACGCGGCGGAGCGCGCCGAGCGCGACGCCGUCGCGCUCGCGCGCGACCGCCUGCGGCCGGAGGCGUUCGACGUCGUGCGGUGCGCGGGCGCGGAGGCGGUCGAGCACCGGCGCUUCGCCGGGCUGCUCGCGCGCGCGGAGGCGGCGGGCCGGGCGCACGGCGUCGCGCGGGGCUGCCUCAUGGGGUCGCUCGACGCCGUCGGCAAGCUGACGGUGCUCGGCGUCGUCUUCCGCGGCGGCGCGCGCGUCGAGCGCGGCGACAUGACGGGCGGCGACCUCCUCGCGUUCGCGCUCUACGCGGCCUACGCCGCGCUGGGGCUCGCAGGCCUCGCGCGCGUCGCGCUCGGCGACCGGAAGGCCUUCCGGCGGGCGGAGGAGCGGCUCCUCGCCGCGCUCGACGCGGCCGGCGCCGACGGCGCCGCGGCGGCGGCGGAGGCGGCGGAGGCGGCCGCGCCGGAUCCAGAAGAGGCGGCCGUGGCCCUCGACGGCGUCGACGUCGCCUACGCGGGGCGCGGCGACCUCGCGCUCCGGGGCGUCUCGCUGCGCGCGGCGGCCGGGCGGGUCACGGGGAUCGUCGGCGCGAGCGGCGCGGGCAAGUCCACGCUGCUGCGGUGCUGCGCCGGGCUCGUCGCGCCCGCGGCCGGCGCGGUCCGCGUCUGCGGCGUCGACGUCCACGGGGGCGACGCCGCGCGCGUCGCGGCGGUCCGCCGGACGCUGGCCAGCCACGUGCAGCAGGGCGCGCCGCUGCUGGCGCACGGGCCGCGGCUCCUCGACGCCGUCGCGUACCUGGGCCUCGGGGCGCCCGUCGACGUCGAGCGGGCCCGCGGCGCGGUCGCCGCGUGCGCGGGCCCGGUGAGCGAGAGCGUCGGCGGCCUCGAGGGCGGCGUCGGCCGCGACGCGGGCGACCUGUCGGGCGGCCAGAAGAACCGCGUGGCGCUCGCGCGCGCGCUCUACCGGGCCGGCGCGCGCGUGCUGCUGCUCGACGAGCCGACGGCCGCGCUCGACGGCCCCGGCGAGGCGGCCGCGCUCGACGGCGCGCUGGGCGCGGCGCGGAGGCGGGGCUGCGCCGUGCUGCUCGUGGCGCACUCGCGCGCGGCGAUCUCGCGCUGCGACGACGUCGUCGUCCUCGAGCGCGGCCGGCUCGUCGAGCGCGGCGCCUACGGCGCGCUCGCGGCCGACCCGUCGUCGCGCCUGAACGCGCUCCUCGAGUAA